AUAAGAUCCUAUUGAACUUAGACAAGUGUUUAAUUAAGAAAAACACAAAACCAUCUUCAUUGUUGUUGAUUUCCAAUUCCUCACUUCUCGCCGCCUUUCUUUUACUGUCCGAUUCCUCUGCCUUUCACCGGUAUCAAAACAUGGAUCAAAUCACCAAUGUCAUGGAGUAUGAAGCCUUGGCCAAAGAGAAAUUACCCAAAAUGGUUUACGAUUAUUAUGCAUCUGGUGCAGAGGAUCAAUGGACCCUUGAAGAGAACAGGAAGGCAUUCUCAAGAAUCUUAUUUCGGCCUCGAGUUUUAAUUGAUGUGAGCAAAAUAGACUUGACUACUACUGUAUUGGGGUUCAAGAUUUCAAUGCCUAUUAUGGUUGCUCCUUCUGCCUUUCAGAGAAUGGCUAAUCCUGAAGGAGAAUGCGCAACAGCAAGAGCAACAUCUGCUGCUGGUACUAUAAUGACACUGUCUUCAUUGGCUACUUCAAGUGUUGAAGAGGUUGCUUCGACAGGACCUGGUGUUCGUUUUUUCCAGCUUUAUGUGUUGAAGGAUAGAUAUGUUGUUGAAAAGCUUGUUAAAAGAGCAGAGAUGUCCGGUUUCAAGGCAAUUGUUCUCACGGUUGACACUCCAAUGCUUGGCAGACGAGAAGCUGACAUUAAGAACAGGUUUAGUUUGCCACCACAUUUGUCAUUGAAGAACUUUGAAGGAUUGGAUCUUGGCAAGUUAGACAAGAGCAAUGACAACUCUGGACUGUUAUCGUACUUUUCAAACCAAGCUGACAGAUCUCUUAGCUGGAAGGAUAUAAAAUGGCUGAAGACGAUUACGAGUCUACCUAUUCUAUUGAAGGGUAUAAUAACUGCCGAGGAUGGGAGAUUAGCGGUUGAACAUGGAGCAGAAGGAAUUAUUGUGUCGAACCAUGGAGCUCGACAACUAGAUGGUGUUCCUGCAACAAUUAUGUCUUUGGAAGAGGUUGUUAAAGGGGUAGAAGGAAGAAUUCCUGUAUUUAUGGAUGGUGGGAUUCGACGAGGAACAGAUGUGUUCAAGGCAUUAGCUCUUGGAGCUUCCGGAGUCUUUAUUGGGAGGCCUGUUCUUUACUCUUUGGCAGUCCACGGUGAGGCUGGUGUGAAGAAAGUGCUUCAAAUGCUUAGAGAUGAGCUUGAACUCACAAUGGCCUUGACUGGUUGCCGAUCUCUCAAAGAGAUUACUCCUGCCCACAUCACUACUCCUUCUGGUCUAACUUCAAAUCUCUAGUAAUAGGAUUAUUUGUAAUUGCUUGCUCUCCAAUUAUUAAUAAAUGUUUGCUCCAAACAAAUAUUAUCUGUAAUCAUAUCAUAAUUUGUACUAAAUGGGGAUUUACUGUUUUGGUUGUGAAAUUGACAGACUUAAUGAAUGAUGAAAUAAAUUUA